AAACAGUAUUAUAUUUUACAUCCAAUGUAUUCUGGUCAGGUUCCUGUGCCAGCAGCAUAAUUGAUAAUUGUCGUCCAAGAAAACCUUAAUUAAAUGAACAAACUAGUCAAAUACAAUCCAACCUUCUUGUAUUCCUGCCCACAACAGUCAUGCCCAUAGUCUUACACAAAGAAUAAUCAAACUUCACUCUGUAAAAACACAUACACACUAAAGCCUAAAGCUAUAUAUAUGGAUUCUCAAACCAUUACUUGAUCACAGAAUCUAAACCCAGAAUAUCCGUUUCCCGCUAAAACCCAGUAAAGACUUUACCUUCGUUUCCUUUUCCCUGUCCUGAAUUUAGCAGAAAAUUGAAAAACAGAGUGACUAAAAAAAUGGCGUCUGAAGAUGCAGUCGGCUGCACAGCUCACCCGGCCGGUGGAACCCUUGGGACCCACUUGGCCAAGAGGCUUGUGCAGAUUGGAGUGGGGGACGUGUUCUCCGUUCCCGGCGACUUCAAUUUAACGCUUCUUGACCAUUUCGUGGCGGAGCCAGGGCUGAAUUUGAUCGGCUGCUGUAACGAGCUGAACGCUGGAUACGCCGCCGACGGCUAUGCUCGUUCGAAAGGGGUCGGAGCUUGUGUUGUGACUUUCACCGUUGGUGGGCUGAGUGUGCUUAAUGCGAUUGCCGGGGCGUACAGUGAGAAUUUGCCGGUGAUUUGUAUUGUUGGUGGACCCAAUUCCAAUGAUUAUGGUACCAACCGGAUCUUGCACCACACUAUUGGGUUACCCGAUUUCACCCAGGAGCUCCGCUGCUUUCAGACAAUCACUUGUUUCCAGGCAGUUGUGAAUAACCUGGAUGAUGCUCACGAGUUGAUUGACACUGCCAUAUCGACUGCUUUGAAGGAAAGCAAACCGGCUUAUAUCAGCAUCGGGUGUAAUCUGCCUGGCAUCCCUCACCCUACAUUUGCAAGGGAGCCUGUCCCUUUUUUCCUGGCACCGAAAGUAAGCAACCAGCUAGGUUUAGAGGCUGCUGUUGAAGCUGCAGCCGAAUUUCUGAAUAGAGCUGUGAAGCCUGUCAUUGUAGGAGGGCCAAAAUUGCGUGUGGGGAAGGCACAACAAUCCUUUCUGGAGCUUGCUAAUGCUACCGGCUAUCCAGUUGCUGUUAUGCCAUCAGGCAAGGGAUUAGUUCCUGAGCAGCAUCCCAAUUUCAUUGGAACAUACUGGGGAGCAGUCAGUAGUAGCUAUUGUGGGGAGAUAGUGGAAUCUGCCGAUGCUUAUGUGUUUGUUGGGCCGAUCUUUAAUGACUACAGUUCAGUUGGGUACUCCUUAUUGAUAAAAAAGGAGAAAGCCAUUAUUGUCCAGCCUAAUCGUGUAACGAUUGCCAAUGGACCUUCAUUCGGUUGGGUUUUUAUGUCAGAAUUCUUGACAGCAUUGUCCAAGAAGCUGAAGAAAAACAGCACUGCAAUGGAAAAUUAUCGCAGGAUAUAUGUCCCUCCUGGCAUUGCUCUGAAACGUGAUAAUGAUGAGCCUCUUCGAGUAAACAUACUAUUCAAGCACAUACAGGACAUGUUGAGUGGCGAAAGUGCAAUAAUUGCAGAGACUGGAGAUUCAUGGUUCAAUUGUCAAAAGCUUCGACUUCCAGAAAAAUGUGGGUAUGAAUUUCAAAUGCAAUAUGGUUCCAUUGGGUGGUCUGUCGGUGCUACCCUCGGGUAUGCUCAAGCGGCAAGAGACAAACGUGUGAUUGCUUGCAUUGGAGAUGGGAGCUUCCAGGUUACCGCUCAAGAUGUUUCAACGAUGAUAAGGUGCGGGCAAACCUCAAUCAUAUUUCUCAUUAAUAAUGGAGGAUACACAAUCGAAGUAGAGAUUCAUGAUGGCCCGUACAAUGUAAUUAAAAACUGGAACUAUACUGCUCUCGUGGAUGCAAUACAUAAUGGAGAAGGCAAAUGCUGGACCGCUAAGGUGAAAACUGAGGAUGAGCUGACAGAAGCCAUAUCAAUGGCAACAAGCACUCAUAAGGACUCCUUAUGUUUCAUUGAAGUUGUUGUUCACAAGGAUGACACAAGCAAAGAGUUACUCGAAUGGGGAUCCCGUGUUAGUUCCGCAAAUAGCCGACCUCCUAAUCCUCAGUAGCAGCAAGAUCCAAGUUGUCAAAGGUAUUUCAACAGUUCUUGGAGGUGGAUUUCAGCAUUUCGGAUUGUAAUAUAAUAUACGACACAAAAUAAAAUUUCCUGAGCAAACAAACGAGACAAGAGGUAUUUCAACAGUUCUGGUUUCGGAGGAAUUGAGGAUCAAUGAUGGAUCCCCUGAGCACAUUUACAAAUUCAAGUCCCACAGCCACAGCCGAAGUUAUUAAUAUCGGUAGCCCCAUCAAUCAAAUCAUCGACACCCAUGAAACAUUUCCAUCACGUUGGAAAAAAAAAAGGUUGGAGACACUGUAAUUGGACAGGGUCCGCUCAUUUAUAUGAAUCUAUAUGUAAUUUUACCUCAAAAUUGAUUAGAAUUAUGUAACUUACGUGUUGAUCAAUUUUUAGAUGUUACUUAUUACCCUGUUAAUCAUGAUCACAGAAAACAUGUUGAGAUGAGAAAGUUACACAUUAUUUGUUUUGACUCAUGAUGAGUAGUUGGUUACUCUGUUUAUUUCCUUUUUUUCACAGUUUUUUUCCAGAAUAAUAUAAAAAUAACUAU